AUGAGGUUCUCCAUCGCCACUAUUGGUGCCGUCACCCUCGGAAGCGGUGUGAUGGCCCAAGCUGAACAAGCCAAGAACAUCGUUGGAAUCCCUGUCUUGAAGGAGAUAGAGGAAGUUGAGGGUCAAUGGAAGUUCGACGCCUGCCAUAAGGUUGACUCUGCGGUUGACGGACUCAUCUGGCCUUGUGCCUCACAGCUCAGGACCCGCGUCAAGUUUUGCCCCAAGUCUGCUACCACGGCCGAAUCGCGCAUCGCGCAGCGAGAGUGUCUUUGUGCCGAUCCAAGUUCAUUCCUCGCGGACGCUGUUGCCUGCUCAGAGUGCAAGAUGCAGAAUGGUCUGCAGCCAGAAAGACAGCGCGAGCACUGGAUCAAAUACUACAAAGAGGUGGACGACAAGUACUGCCAGCCUAAAAAUGUGCCUUUGAGCUUUGAACAGUUCUCUACUGAUCUGAAUAACAAAAUGCCCGUGCCAGAGGGUGGAAGAAACUUCAACCUUCACGUCGGCAAGGUUAUCGACCCCAGGGCAUACUACAAGUCGGCUAAGCUUGAAGUUCCCAACGUUCAGGGCGCAGGCAAGUUCAUUUCUGCCAAAGCCGAGACCGGAAACAACAACGCCACCGUUGUUGUAUCGGAUCCUUUGGCCGGCCAAGUUAGAGUACCCGUCUUUAUUGCUGUCGAAAAUUUGCCUACUGCCAACGAUACCAAGACCACCUCGGCUAUUAGACCGAUCUCCUCCGCUCCCUUCCGAAACAAUACUGCGUCGAUCAGACCUUUCUCCUCUGCAUCUACCUUCCUCACUUCCACGAAGACGAGCUCCACCGCAUCAAGCAGUGCCUCUCUACUUCCUGCAACUACUCUUGCCCCUGCCCCUGACAGUGUCAGCGGCCCUGUGGAAGAACACAUCAUCGUCAUUGACGGCCAGCGUUGCGUCGUGCUCAUCAUGUGGGUCAUUGUUGAUUGCUCUCCCAAAAUGGAUGCCGCUGGCAACUUUGCCAUCGACUUCAAGAACAUCGGAGUCGACAAGAAGGAGCCGGUCAUGAUGGUAGAAAAUGGCUCGCAGUUUGACAAGAUCAAGGACGCUAUGCCCGAUGCUGGUAAGGAUCAGAAAUUGGCAGAGCAAUGCAAGGAGCGCGUUGGUACUGUAGCCCCGGUGGUUGCCGCUCCUGGAAGCAGCAAGGUGGCUCUCCCCGCUGAGCAAGGCGCCGGUGAAUCGAGCAUCCCGUCUUCCAAGAAGAAUAACGGCAGCUCUGGCAGCCAACCUGCUGAUAACCAAGAGAGUUGUCCCGACGCUACUGAAAUCCCCAAGACGCAAAACGGCCCCAGUGUCGGCUCUAAGGCCGGUGUUUCCGCCCCCAAUGGUGCCAAGCCGACUACUGGUGGUAGCCCUACUCAGAAGCUUGGCAGCACUCCUGCCAAAAACUCCGGCAUUACUCCUGCUCAGAACGGUCAGCCUGACAACGAGGACUGCAUUUGCCCGACGGACAGUGCUGCUUCCACCACCCUCGAUGCGACCGAAAUCUGCACUAAGAAGGUCAAGACCGAGACCGACUGCAGGGCGCUGUCGGGAGAAGACGUGCGAAAGUGCCUGUGCUCAGAGGCCGGCUUUGAGAACCUCCGAUUUUUCGACGAGGCCAUUAUCUGCUCGCGACGCUCCGGAGAUCUCCGACAGGGAGAGUUUGAAGCUCAGGUUUUCUUCGAGACCAAGUCCCGAUACUGCGAGCGCAAGCAAUUUGGAAACGAUUUUACCGCAGCGUACGAGAGUGUGAACAGCGAGUGGAGAGAGGCCAGAGCCCCGACUGCUAUUCUGAUGUAG